UCACGACAAGAUCUAACCAGUCGCGCGUGGUCCCCGGCGCCGGAACGGGCCAGCCCAGCCCAGCCCAGCCCCGCGCAGAGCCCCCGCCGCCCCCGCUCACACAGCCCCGCGCCCCUUCCGUGCCCGGGACAGGGAGCCGGGAGGAGCAGCUGCCGCGCCCUCCGCGCCGGUCGUCGGUCCUCAGCGCGCGCCGCCGCCCGGGCCGGGGGUCCGAGCCGCGCGCCCCCGGCCCCGGCCCCCGGGCGCCUGGGCCGGAUGUCCCGAUGAGAGAGCCGGCGCUGGCGGCCAGCGCCAUGGCUUACCACCCGUUCCACGCGCCAAGGCCCGCCGACUUCCCCAUGUCCGCCUUCCUGGCGGCGGCACAGCCUUCCUUCUUCCCGGCACUCGCACUGCCGCCAGGCGCGCUGGCCAAGCCGCUGCCCGACCCGAGUUUGGCGGGGGCGGCAGUCGCAGCAGCAGCGGCGGCAGCAGCGGCCGAGGCGGGGCUGCACGUCUCGGCACUGGGCCCGCACCCGCCCGCCGCGCAUCUGCGCUCGCUCAAGAGCCUGGAGCCCGAGGACGAAGUGGAGGACGACCCCAAGGUGACGCUGGAGGCUAAGGAGCUGUGGGACCAGUUCCAUAAACUGGGCACGGAGAUGGUCAUCACCAAGUCCGGGAGGAGGAUGUUCCCCCCCUUCAAGGUUCGAGUCAGCGGCCUGGACAAAAAGGCCAAGUACAUCCUGCUGAUGGACAUUGUGGCUGCUGAUGAUUGCCGCUAUAAGUUCCACAACUCUCGCUGGAUGGUGGCAGGCAAGGCUGACCCCGAGAUGCCCAAACGAAUGUACAUCCACCCAGACAGUCCCGCCACAGGGGAGCAGUGGAUGGCCAAGCCUGUGGCCUUUCAUAAGCUGAAGCUGACCAACAACAUCUCUGACAAGCAUGGCUUUACCAUCCUGAACUCCAUGCACAAGUACCAGCCCCGCUUCCACAUAGUGAGAGCCAAUGACAUCCUGAAGCUGCCCUACAGCACCUUCCGCACCUACGUGUUCCCAGAGACCGACUUCAUUGCUGUCACUGCCUACCAGAAUGACAAGAUCACACAGCUGAAGAUCGACAAUAAUCCCUUUGCCAAGGGCUUCCGGGACACCGGGAAUGGUCGGCGGGAGAAAAGGAAGCAGCUGACGCUGCCAUCUCUGCGCUUGUACGAGGAGCACUGUAAGCCGGAGCGCGAUGGCGCCGACUCGGAUGCCUCGUCUUGCGACCCUCCCCCCACGCGGGAGCCACCGCCCUCCCCGGGCACAGCGUCCAGUCCCCUGCGCCUGCACCGAGCCCGAGCCGAGGAGAAGUCAUGUGCCGCUGACAGCGACCCCGAGCCCGAGCGGCUGACCGAGGAGCGCUCCGGCCCCGCGCUAGGCCGCAGCCCAGCUCCGGACAGCGUCAGCCCCCCUCGCUUGACCGAACCUGAGCGCGCCCGGGAGCGGCGCAGUCCGGAGAGGGGCAAGGAGCCGGCCGAGAGCGGCGGGGACGGCCCUUUUAGCCUGCGAAGCCUGGAGAAGGAGCGCGUCGCUGAAGCCCGGCGGAAGGACGAGGGGCGCAAGGAAGCCGGCGAGGGCAAGGAGCCGGGCCUGGCGCCGCUGGUGGUGCAGACAGACAGUGCGUCCCCCCUGGGCGCCGGACACCUGCCCAGCCUGGCCUUCUCCAGCCACCUGCACGGGCAGCAGUUCUUUGGGCCUCUGGGAGCUGGCCAGCCUCUCUUUCUGCAUCCAGGACAGUUCGCCAUGGGCCCCGGCGCCUUCUCUGCCAUGGGCAUGGGUCACCUACUGGCCUCGGUGGCAGGCAGUGGCAAUGGCGGAGGCGGUGGGCCCGUGACCACUGCGGGGCUGGACGCAGGGGGACUGGGUCCCGCGGCCAGCGCAGCAAGCACCGCCGCGCCCUUCCCGUUCCACCUCUCCCAGCACAUGCUGGCAUCUCAGGGAAUCCCAAUGCCCACUUUCGGAGGCCUCUUCCCCUACCCCUACACCUACAUGGCAGCAGCGGCCGCAGCCGCCUCAGCUUUGCCGGCCACCAGUGCUGCGGCUGCAGCUGCGGCCGCGGCUGGCUCCCUAUCCCGGAGCCCCUUCCUGGGCAGUGCCCGGCCCCGCCUGCGCUUCAGCCCCUACCAGAUCCCAGUCACCAUCCCGCCUACCACUAGCCUCCUGACCACGGGGCUGGCAUCUGAGGGCUCCAAGGCCGCGGGGAGCAACAGCCGGGAGCCCAGCCCCCUUCCUGAGCUGGCUCUCCGCAAAGUGGGGGCCCCGACCCGUGGCACCCUCUCGCCCAGCGGCUCAGUCAAGGAGGCGGCUAGUGAACUGCAGAGCAUCCAGAGACUGGUGAGUGGGCUGGAGAGCCAGCGAGCCCUCUCCCCCGGCCGGGAGUCGCCCAAGUGAGGGGCUGCCCAGCCGCUCCGCUGCCACGCAGGCCUCCCGGGCUGCCUGCCCCUGCUGCUUGGGACGUGUACAGCACAGAAUGGGUAUUUAUUUAAAUAAAGGAGCAAAAGUGGGCUGCAAGCAGCCAGAAUAGAGCCUCCUCUGGCAAGUUGGGGCCUGGGACACUUCCCUGGGUCUCAGCGAGCAUCAGGCUGGCGGGAACGCAGUCGCUUUGGAACCACUAGACUCGGUCCAGAUCUGCUCCAACAUCAAGGUGGCGUCCGUGGGUUCUCUUUGUCUUCCAGUGCAGUGGGAGAGGCUUCAUCCCAGGCCCAGUGGUCGCUUCAGAAGCCAGAGGCGAAGGGGUCGGGGUGGGAGCUUUGGAGGGUGUCCCAGAGCCCUUGGUCUUGGGCCUGGACCGUGUGAGAACCUGGGGUGGGCGGAGGAUGCAGGAGCCAGUGAAGACUGAAGUCAGUGUAGACUUGAGACGGGGGCGCCUGUCCUUGUCGUCCUUCUUCCUCUUCUCCCAAAAGACAGGCACCGCUCCCACCCCUGGGUCAGCGGAGGGAGUGGCGCUUCUGCCUUGAGUCCCCAGGGGGAAAAAAAGAUAUUUAUGAAAUAAAUGGUAAUUUGUGUAAAUAAGCUUUAAGGUUCCCAGAAUAUGCAAAUUGGUAUUAAUUUAUUCAAAGGUGUACAUUGCUGUGUACAUAUAUUUAGAGAUUAACUCAUAGCAUUUAAUUCUUUUUUCAUUUUACAUGAGCAUCUAUAUUGUACAGGGCUGGGGGGCCCUCGGCUGUGGGAGAAGGGCCGAGCCCUGAGCAGCCCCCACCCACCCUGCUGGCCCCUCGGCCCCUCCGCCCCCGGGCUUUGCUCGCCCGGCCCGCGGGCUCCACCUCAGGUUUUCACUUUUCGCUUCGGAGCGAGAAUCCAAACGACAAAAACGCGAGAAAACAAUAAAACGCUACAAUGCGAAGUGAA